CACCUCUCUUGGAUAUCUCUAAUAUGUAUGGUAUCAACCGAAUUGGAGUAGAACAGUCAAGACUCCGAAGUGACGGAUUACUACGCUUUGAAGUUGAUAAGGGGAAGGAAUGGCCGCCAAGUGGGGCUCCUAUCUGCUUAGCUAAUGAACUACCUCAAGAGACGUAUUGCUUUAAUGGUGGUAAUCCUGGCUUGAAUGCCCCUCUUGGCAUCCAACUUGUCGGCUUAUGGCACUUUAGAAGUCAUAAUCAAAUCGCCAGGAUCCUAGCUCAGAUGAACCCGUGUUGGGGCGAUGAGCGACUCUUUUUGACAGCUCGUGAUAUUAAUUUGGCGUUUUACCAACAUAUAAUAUACUAUGAACUGAUGCCGGAGGUAUUAGGUUAUGAAUUAUUAUUAAAGAAUAAGGUAAUCUUUGAUACUUAUGGUCACGUUGAUGACUAUGACGAUUCCUUAGAGCCACGUGUCAGCAUUGAAUACGUAAUUGCAACAAGAUGGUUCCACACACUACAAGAAGGAAGACUUCAACUAUUCGACAGUCAAGGCAAAUUCCUCAAGGAGUUAGAUAUGGUGGACUACACUCUCCGCACGGGGGCGCUGCGCGUCAACAAUACUGUAGAGGGUGUGACGCAAGGCGCCUUCAGACAGCCUUGCGCUGACAGCGACCUCUUUGUUGACCCUGAGGUAGGAGAGCGUAUUUUAGGUCCAUUACAGCGAGCGUCCGAUGUCUCUAGCAGUGACAUCAUGAAAGGAAGAGAUGUAGGCCUGCCCUCUUACAACCGUUACCGUCAGCUUUGCGGUCUACCUCUCGCUAACACAUUUGAUGACCUUUACCAAUGGAUGCCGAAAGAUCAAGUAGACGUGAUAUCUCGAAGCUACCAGUCAAUAGAAGACGUGGAUCUGUUAGCAGGUAUUAUGGUGGAACAGCCUCUACCAGGUGCAAUUGUGGGUCCGACCCUUGCAUGCAUCAUGAUAGACCAGCUCAUACGCUGGAGACGAUCUGAUAGAUUCUGGUAUGAGAAUUCUUUACAUCCAGGAGCGUUCACACAAGAACAACUAUAUGAAAUUCGUAAGAUGACAGUUGCUAGAUUAAUUUGCGAUCAUGGUGACUCAGUGGACUCUAUACAACCGUACGCCUUUAUCCUUCCUAAUUAUAAGAAUGAGAUAACGAAUUGCUCUAAUAUUCCCUCUAUCAAUUGGGAAUUUUGGCGAGAUCAAAAAUGCCUAAAUAAUAAUUCACAAAAUACUACAAGAACAGUGUUGAAUACAGCACAAAAUACAUCGUGA